GCUAGUAUUCUUCGUUAUUGACGACAUGGUGUGCUCACCGCUUUCCCAUUGCCUCUCACUUUCCUCUCCCUUUCCAUCUCUGUAAUUUAUCUCAUUAAAUUACCUUAAACCCUUCAUUUCCAAACCAAAUAUCGUCUCUCAUCUCCAUUUCUUUAGUUUAUUGGUGGUUGUGUAAGUGUUCGUCUUUGUCAUAUCUUUUGUAUUGCUCAGGAUCAUUGACUUCUGGGUUGUGUCAAGACUUGGCCUUUGGCUGGUUGUGUUGGGUUUUGCUUGGAUUCUGGGAAUCUUGCUCUUUGUGGACGAUUGUAGUGAGAGUAAAGUUCCAUCUUAUCUUCGACUUCAAGCUGAGUUGCAGGUAAUCUGAUCUUAUUAAGCUAAGUGCUACAGUUAGCAAAAUCAUAAAGUUUCACAUUUUGAUUACAGAAAUUUCAUGUGGGUUUUACAUUACCAAGUGAAAUAUAGCUCUUGGGUGCUUAGGAUCUAACCAAAGUCCAAGUCUUUGGGUCAUUUUUGGUUCUUCAACCUACUCAUCGACUGGAUUUGACUGGAUUUCGUAACUUUCCCAGUAUUUCUUUGCAUUAAGAGGACUUGGUUAGCUGCAUUUCCAAGGCUUUGCUAGAUUUAAGAUCUUUUGAGCUUCUUCCAAAUUCAUUCAAGAUAAGAAAGAGGUAAAGGAAUUAUCUUUUUUUGUUAGUUAGCCAUAGUUUGUUUUUCGGGAAAUAUCUGGACGCAAAUGAUGGGAGCAAAAUCCAGUAAAAACAAGGGUGUUGAUGGCCAGGCACAAUCAUCAUCACCACCACCACCACAAUCCCUUGAAAUCAAUACCAAUUCCCAGGACACAGCCGAUUUGAGCUCGUACGAGGCAGCCUGUAAACAUGACCCGGCCUUACAAUCAUUUGAUGCCACUCUCCGACAGCGCACUAGCCGUGUCAUCACCUCCCUUUCCACUGGACUCGAAGUUCGGUCCCUAUCUCUUGACUCACUCAAAGAGGUUACUGAUUGCUUGCUUGAAAUGAACCAGGAAGUGGUCAAAGUCAUUCUAGAAUGCAAGAAGGAUAUAUGGAACAGUAAAGAAAUGUUCUCUCUUGUGGAGGAAUACUUUGAGAACAGUCUUCAAACAAUGGACUUCUGUACUGCCCUUGAGCAAUGUCUCAAGCGCGCGCUGAAUAACCAGCUGAUAAUUCAAGCUGCAGUUAGACAGUUUCAGGAAGAAGUAGAAGCUGGAGCUGAAGGGAAGAGGUGUGAGAGGACCUUACAAGAAUUGAGGGCAUUUAAGGCAGCUGGGGAACCUUUCACAGACGAAUUCUUUAUACUGUUUCAGUCAGUUUAUAAGCAACAGGCAUCGAUGUUUGAGAAACUGCAACUUCGUAAGAGAAAACUUGAUAAGAAGUUGAAAUCAGUCAAAGCUUGGAGGAGAGUGUCAAAUGUUAUUUUUGUUGCCGGUUUCGUCUCUGUAUUGGUUUUCUCUGUGGUGGCAGCUGCUAUUGCUGCACCACCACUUGUAACAGCCUUGGCAGGAGCAUUGGCUGUUCCAAUAGGUUCAAUUGGAAAGUGGUGUAAUUUGCUCUGGAAUCGUUAUGAGAGGACACUGAAAGGGCAGAGGGAGAUAAUCAGCUCAAUGCAGAUUGGGACUUAUGUUACAAUGAAGGACCUGGACAACAUCCGGGUGCUUGUUGACAAAUGGGAAAUUCAGAUUGAGUCACUGUUGCAGACUGCUGGUUUUGCUCUUAGAGAAGAGGACACUGUGAAGCUAGUGAUAGAUGAGAUCAAGAAAAAGCUGGAAAUGUUUGUGGAAACCAUUGAUAAUUUAAGCCAACAUGCUGAUAAGUGUAGCCGGAAUAUAAGGAGGGCAAGGACAGUGAUUUUGCAGAGAAUAAUUAGGCAUCCCGACAAAUGAGUAGCCUUUUGGUAUGUUUUUCUGAUCAGUGUUCUCUGGCUGGUUGCCUAUUAGUGAAACAUAAGCACCCAGCUAAAGCAACUCUUCACCUUGGAUCAAUGUCUUUGAUUUGGCCUUUGUUAGAAGGAAAAAAAGAUAGAUUUAAUUGUUUCUACUGGUCGAAAGAGUUCAUUGUUAAGCAGGAUUAUACUAAAUGUGUUUACAUUUUCAGAGUAUGCUUCAAUCAAAAGGAUUACUUACUUUUGACUUUGACUGUUUCAUCUGGUUUCUUAUUGCAAAAUGUUCUAGAAUUUUUUGCUUU